AUGGUUAGCUUUACGUACUCGCUUUGCCACAAAAUCGUCUCAUUUAUCCGCACCUUUAAGACAAGUGUCUCCCUGCAAUUCGAGUCUGUGCUACACGUAGGCUCGGCAACGGUUUGUAACGUAAUUCAUGCUCCAGGUGAAGAUAUUCCUUGCGUCCUCCAGAUUAUCUAUGAUCAGACGCAGGCAGUCGCUAGAUUGGUCGCCAUGGUGACCUACAUCGGCGGUGGCAUCAAAAAUGGACAUGCAACGCCUAUACUAAAGGCGGCGAAGCUUUCUAGAUAUCGUGCUCAAAUAUUGCACACGAUUCCAUAUAUUUAUACUAUUUUUUUCUGA